AUAUAUAUGUAUAUUGGGGUGUUAAGUGUUCGUUGCUCCGACAGGGUCGUGGGGGGUCGUAUAUAUAUCGGGUCGGGGUUACCGCUCAGUAGGGGUUGGAAUCCCGAGGAGCGAACUUCGUUUCAUUCCUAAGCGCAUAAAAAAAAAGAAACACUACUUCCCUCGCAUGUGUUAACCAAACUAAACUCAUGUGUUAAAAAAGAAAUUCAUUAUUUACAACUGUAAAAUCUGUUCAAAUAAUAAAUUUUUAAUUCUUAAGAAAAUAUUUAAAAAAAUUCUUAACUUUUGAGAUAUGAAGAGAGAAGUGAUUUAAAUCGCCCGCGGAAAUCAGAGGACAAUAUAUAAACAUAAGGGUAUCACAAAAAUAGCUUCAAGGGCUGAUAAUAGUGAUAACAGAAAAGUUAAUAUUGAAAGUGAUUCCUAAAAAUUUUCAAGUAGAAAAAUUUGUCAAAGGAUCUUGACAUUAAUCGCAGGAAAUUGAUUGAUCAAAAACGAGCAAAGACCUCGAUUGAUAAUUAUUAUUUUAGAUGCGGGUAAAUUAACCCAAAGAAAUACUUUUUCCCCUCUUUUGUAAAUGAUGAAGUUUUGAAAGUUAAAAAUGUUUUCUUUUUUCUUAAAUGAAAAAGUGAUAAUGAUAAAUUGUGUGUGAGAAGGAGGUGAAAAAAAAACAUAUAUGCAAUUAUUUUUUUUUUCUUAAAGUUUGUUUUAUGAAGGGUUAACUGGCAUUCGAGGUAAACGAACGUGACCAGAAGAAAACAUUCCUAAUCGUCUGAAGCUGCGUCUACUUGGUAUGGAAUGGAAUGCCAAUAGGGUAGCUUCAAAUCGUGCUCAGACUAACCAAUUGCAUUGCCUCUUUUUUCUUUUCCUAUCUGACAAUGAGUUUUCUUCAAGGCACGGCCGCUUGCUGCACGUACCACUCUUAAAGUCAUUGAUUUAGAGGAACGAUAACAUAUAUGAAAGAGGAGGGAAAAGAAAGAGAGAGAGAGAAGCAAAAGAGUGAUUCGUGACUUCCGGUUCGAAAAGCUAAGAAGUUGAAAGGUUUAUAAGAGAGAAAAAAAAAAAGAAGAAUGACCGAAAAAUUGGCCUCAAAUACAUUGCUCUCUAAAAUCGAUAGAGGGCAAUAGAAAAAAAAUUGAAUUGAAAAAGAAAUGUUGUGCUUAGAUAUGAAGUUGGUCUCGCGACUGCGAGGACUGUCCUCGAAUUCAACCUCUUCAAAUUCUUCAACGACCCCUUCAAUUUCCAUUCCUCCUUCAUUUUCUGCAUCGUCAUAUAACUUGGUCGUUGAUAAGCAACGACGAAAAUCGAGACGUGGAAGUGGAGGAAAUAUUAGUCCGAACAGUGAUCACGAGAGUGAUGAAGAUAGCAACAUGCCAAGCAUCAGAAUUGUCAGAAAUCGAUCUCGAUCCGUCUGCAUGCCAGUACUCACAUCUUCACAACUGCGACAUCUUCAUAGACGUGCAAGUCAUCAUGUAUCAUCAACAGACACAGUUUCGAGAAGAGGUGUUUUAUCAAGAAGAUGUUACGGAAGCGUGGAAAUGUUGCCUCAGAUUGAGCAGGAUGGCACAGACAGUGGAAGACGAUUUCGCGUGGAAAAUGGAGAUUCACCAGGCGAGAAAGAAGAGAUGUUUGGUUCACCGAGUACGCCAGUAUUGGAAAAUCCAGAGUACCAGACACGAUGGUACUUCAAAUAUUUUCUUGGCAAAUUACAUCAAAAUUAUGUGGCCUCGGAUCAAGAACGAAAUCCCUUGUUCCUGUCGGUCGUUAUUAGCGAGGGUGGUGAUCAAUGUGUCCCACACUACAGGGUGAUUCUUUGGAGACGCACAGGUGCUCAAAAGAUAUCACUGCCUUACUCGCCAAACAAAACCAUGACUGUCAGGCAAAUUUUGAGCAACUUCUUUGGUCUCGAAAAACUAGACAAAGCCCCGAGGGAAAUAUUUUCACCAGAAAUACAAAAGGAUCUUUUGUUACUUGAAGAACAAGAGGGUUCGGUGAACUUUAAAUUCGGUGUUAUUUAUGCGAAAGAAGGUCAAACAACUGACGACGAAAUGCUAUCGAAUGAAGGAGGCAGCCCAGGUUUUGAGCGCUUCUUGGAAACUCUUGGGGAAAGAAUAAGGCUCAAGGGUUGGGACAAAUACAGAGGCGGUCUUGAUGUAAAAGGUGACAUGACGGGAAAAGAAAGUAUUUACACCGUUUAUGCUGGCCAUGAAGUAAUGUAUCAUGUUAGUACAAUGUUACCACAUUCAAAAGAUAAUCCACAACAAUUGGAACGAAAGCGGCACAUUGGCAAUGACAUUGUUAAUAUUAUUUACACGGAUGAUUCAACAUUUUUGGAAACAUUCAAUCCAAAUUGCAUUAGAAGUCAAUUUACACAUGUAUUUGCUGUGAUAUGCAGUGAAGAGGGUGGAAAUGGAUGGCGAAUAGCUAUUUACUGCGAUGAAAAUGUGCCUCUUUUUGGUCCAAGUCUACCUUGUCCUCCAUUAUUCGAAGAUCAAUGUAAUUUCCGUGAAUUUCUACUGGUCAAAUUGAUUAAUGGAGAAAAGGCAACAUUUGAUACGCCAACAUUCUCAAGAAAAAGGGAAAGAACACUAGACACACUAUUAAGAGAUUUGUAUCAGGAACAUGCUCAAGAAAGUAAAAGCAAUAAUAUGCUUAAUCGUCGAGCAUUGUCCGACGUUGUAGAAACGCCAGGACGACGUCGCGAGGAAACUCGAGCAGUUGAAAUGGUACGUGUUGGACAAGCCCUAAAAUUAGAAGCUAUUGUCCGAGGACUGGCUCCAACAUCAAUGGCAACUGUUGGUCCUUUAAAACCAAGACCAUGGGAGCCAAGAUGUAUAUAUCCUGAUUUUCCACACGAGAUUAUUUGUGGUGAUGUAUGGUCGGAUAGUAAACUUAUUCUAGCAACUGAAUCAGGAACAUUCCUUUUAGAGGACGGCAUUUCUCAUCGUCUUCUCUUUGACAAAUCGGUGCAAAUCAAACAGUUGGAUGUAGUUGAGCAACACGGAAUCCUUUUGUUUCGAGCAGGGGACAAAGGUAAGGAGAGCAACGUCCAUGUAUUUCGAUUAAGUGAACUGGAAGGAGAUCUCUUGGCGAAUAUGGAUCUCAAUGAUGAUGAUGAGGAAGAAGAUAAUCUCGAGAACUCUGCUCAUUUAUCAAGUCCUGGACCUACUUCAAAGACACCCGCAGCCAAGAAUCGUUCUCAAGUUAAGGAAAGAAAAUUAGAACGCACACGAGGUUGUAAUUUAUACAGCAUCACAAGACAAGGUGGCUCUCAUUUACGAAUGUGUGUUGCAGUUGGACGAAGGUUAACUGUUCUCCAAUGGAAACACAAUGCAGCUUGGACGACUUGGUGUGCAUCAGCAGAUACUGAUACUGUCGAUGGUUUUCUCCUUUUAAAGGAAUUGAAUGCCAGUGAACAGCCCUCCUUAGUGACUAUUAUUGAAAGCUCAGAACUUGGAAAUGAAUGGGUACUUUGCUGCGGUUUACGACAUAGUUUCGAGCUAAUUUCGGCGAAUGGAACAUCAAGAAUUCUUCAUCUCGAGGGAACUGUCAAGCCUCAUUUGAUUGCUGCUCUAGAUCUUUGUGAAGAUGAAGAGCCAGAAGUUUUAUUAUGCUACAAUAAUACAUGUCACUUUCAAAAAUUAACGGAAGAAAAUGCAUCUCCAACGGAGUUUGAUUUUAAUUGGAACUCCGUACCUGUAACUGUUGCUUGUGCCUUCCCCUACGUGAUUGCCUUUACUGCAGACAUCAUGGAAAUUCGCUUGAUAAUAAAUGGAAAUUUGGUUCAUACUAUUGCAAUGCCAAAUUUGUGUUUAAUAUCAUCGAAACGAGAUAUUUUCUUCGCAACUACUGCUCCUGAAUUUUUAGCUUCAAAAUGUGAAAAAAUUCGAUUGGACACCAAUAAGUCAGAGAAAGAAGAACGAAGUAACAGUCCACCGUCAUCUCAAAACAGUUUUCAAAGUUCACAGGGUGACAACAAACCAAUGAGAAUCUAUCGCAUUCCUUUACAAACUCUAUCGAGAACAUCAGUUACCAGUUGCAGUGAAAGAAGAUGUGCAAGUCCGGCAGAACCAAAUGAUAAACCACCUACAACAAAUGAUAGAAAUUUCCUCAGUGCAGAACCACACAGAUCUUUAAGCAGAUCAUGCAGCAGUAGUCCAACUCCUAGUUUAGGGACAUCUAUUUCCAGCUCUUCGAGUAAAUAAUAAGAAAAAGAAUUGUAUUUUAAUAUCCGUUUAUGCCAAAGAAUAAUGAUUUGCUAAUUAACGAAUGUUAAAAAUUUAACUAACAGAAUUUUGAAUAAUACCAAAUUUUACUAUACGGAUAAGUUGAAAAGUCAAUUUAAGAUAAAAAGAAAAAGAAUGAAUGGCAAAAACUUAUUUGUAUGAGGCAGCAAUAAAUAUAAGGUAAAAAUAUUAUUAAUACAAAUUAAUUUAUUGCAAGAAAGAAAAGAAAUGAAUAGAGAAAAUCUUUUUUAAAAAAAAGAAAAAGAGUAAAAGCAGUAAAUUAUAAUUCAAAGCAAAACAAUCAAAAUGUGUUGUGAAAAAAAAUGUCAAUGCAAAUAAAAGUUGUGUUACAUCUAAAAAAAAAAAAUCAUGAGAAUAGGGACAAGUAACUUUAAUUAUAAAUUACAAUUUACAAAUCUGGUUCACAAUAAAAAAGAAUGCAGUAUUGCUAUAGGCACAUACUGCAGUGCAAGUGAAACACAUUAUGAGGUCAACGUGCGCGGAUCGAUAUAACACAACUUUUCAAUGCACAUUACGACAAUGUUAAUUAUUUAAAAAAAAAAAAUUUUAAUCUAAGAUUCCAUAUUUAUUGUAAAUCAUUGAAAAAUGAAAAUCAAAUAAUAAUAAAGAAAAAAAUAAUAAUGUUGCAAAAAA